AUGGCAUUUCAACUGUUGAUGAUCUGCUCUCUCCUUGGUCUGGGGUCAGCCUGGAACCAACCCAGCACCUGCUACGUGAGACAGUCUUCAUGCUCUGGGGACUCGGAGGUCAAAGAGGACACCAGAAGGAUAAGAGAAACUUUAGAGAGCUCAUUGACAUCAAUUAGCGCUUCACUGGAACAACUUGUUAAACAAAAGUGUGAGGCUGUAAAUACCAACCCUCCAACAGAACCAGCUGCAACUACAGACUCUCCAACAGAACCAGCUGCAACUACCGACCCUCCAACAGAACCAGCUGUAACUACCGACCCUCCAACGGAACCAGCUGCAACUACCGACCCUCCAACAGAACCAGCUGUAACUACCGACCCUCCAACGGAACCAGCUGCAAAUACCGAGAUACCUCCUCCAAUAGGAACAUUUGAUGAUCCAGCAAGCUCUUGUAGUGACAUCUCCUCUCAAGGCCGACCAUCUGGAGAAUACUGGAUUGCCACUGACCGUACUAGCUCUCCUGCUCAGGUUUACUGUGACAUGAAUCGAACAAGCUGUAGCUGCAACACUACAGGAGGAUGGAUGAGGGUAGCCAACCUUGACAUGACCAAUCCCUACCAAAACUGCCCAGCUGGAUUCGGACAGGUGAACAGGGACCAACCACCAUUGCGUACUUGUGGCAGAGGGGAAAGAGGAUGUACUUCCACUACCUAUUCAACUUAUGGGGUGGAGUAUUCAAAAGUUUGUGGUCGAAUCAUUGCCUAUCAAAGUGGUACUCCGGAUGCUUUUCAUCCAUAUUUCCGUGACAGAGCUAGAUCUAUUGAUGAUGGUUACGUUGAUGGUGUAAGCCUAACCCAUGGUCAGUCACCUCGUCAGCACAUCUGGACAUUUGCUAAUGCAGUUGAUGAAACUCGAUCCACUUAUUAUGUAUGUCCCUGCACAAGACCUGACCUCCCCUACACUGGAAUUGUACCUCCCUUCAUCGGUCAAGAUUACUUCUGUGAAACUGGAAGUAGAGAAGCAGUUAGCUUUAUAUUCUACCGCGAUGAUCCAGUCUGGGAUGGUCAGGGAUGCGGGAGUAACAGUACUUGCUGUGAGUUCAACAAUCCACCGUGGUUCUGCAAGCAACUCCCUCUACCAACUACAGACGAUAUCGAGUUGAGGCUUUGUUUUGAUCACAACUUUAGUAAUGAAAACACACCCAUCGAGCUCGUCGAGAUCUAUGUACGCUGAAUAUAGUUUAGUUUUUUUCUAGAACUACACAUUCAGAGUAUAGAAACUGAAUAUAAACAUGAUAGCUGUAGCAAUUCCCGACAAAACUUUUUUACUGACUUGCAUGCAUGUCGGGAAGCUUAUUUAGUCAC